AUGAAAGAGGUUGGAAUAUGUAAGGAGGCGAAUGCACCCGUGGAGAUGCAAAUGCCAGUGGGUCGAUUAUUUGAGGUCAUAUCGCUCUUCAAAACUGAUCGGCAGAACAUCCUUGAGGAGAGCCCACUGAAACGACCUCCCACCGAUUUCAUAACUUCGCAAGACUGGAGCAUCUACGUGAAGAUCUGUUGCCAUUUACGGCAGAACUCGGAUCGACAACAGUUUAAAGAUGAUUCACAAGGAAGGAGUUGCCUAAUUCGACUAGUUUCUGCUUUCAACCAGCUCUACACCGAGUACUCUCUGCUCUGUGAUGCUGUAGAAAAGGCUCGUGACAAUUCAGACCAUUUUUUGAACCAGGAGAAAGCAGGGCAUUCACAAAAGAACCGAAAUUCGACAAAGGAGGGGCGAGGAAAGGGUGAUGAAGGUCAUAGUCUAGAUUUUCCUCCUUCCGAACAGUUAAGAGAAGUGCCAGUAGAUAAACCUCCUUUCUACAAGUUUCAACCAGCUAAUUUCGAUUAUCCCGGUGGAAGAAUGGUAGAAGAUGCUCCCACUGGAUGUUGUGCACCAAUUCGACGGAGGGGAGGGAAGAUUUCAGUAAACUCAGGGGACAUUUUUGACUGCAUCCAGCGGCAACCUCCUGAAACCUCAAUCUGGGUGAGGCAGCUUAAAAUUAACGUAGCUCAGACGGUACUCACAUCAAACUUCGAGGUUGAUAAAGGUGGGAGAAGUAGACUGGAGGCUGUAAGGCUGCCGAUAGCUCUGGAACUUACCCUUCCACGCAUUCAGAGGCAGGUUCAAACAGUCAUGACUAUCUGUCCGUUCAUCUAUGACCCUCUUGAAGUUAUUGCUGAACUAAGGGCUGCUAAUUAUGAUACAGACGUGUGCGUAGGUUAUUUUGAGAAGACAAAGUGUCUCAGGGAGAUUAUUCAAGAGUUUCUGCCCACCAGAACCCUUCGUCCAGCUGGACGUCGAACGUUGGUGAAGGCUGCGGAAUGGCCGGAGGUUUCCUAUGGAGUGGUUGGUAUGUCAGAGGAGGAAGUAGAAGGUUUUCUGUUGCACAACAAACAACGUUUACAAACGAUACGCCGACUUCAAAAGGAUGCAGUCCGACGAAUCCAACGGUUGCACACCUUCAGCAGCGGUCUCGUCUCAGUGAUGGAACAGGUGCUUCUAGAGCGAGAAAGUCAGCGUACAUCGAUGGAGAAGGAGGGCGAAAUAGAGCGUUAUCGGAAUCUGACAGAUCAGUUGAAUACGCUGACGGAGGAGAAUAAUAGAUUGCGAGAGACUCUGAAGAAGGAAGAAGAAAGGAGAAAGCUCCUAUUUAAUAUGAUUCAGGAGUACUUGGGUAAUAUCCGAGUCUUCUGUCGUGUCCGGGCAAUUCCACAAACUGGACGAAUUCUAGAAGUUACAGCUUUCGAUACAGUGAGUUUGAAUGUUAGCCCCUUGGCUGAGGAGUACAAGUUUGAUCGGGCUUUCGAUGUCAACACAAGCCAGGCGGAGGUUUAUGCCGAACUCGUGCCUCUGAUAUGCUCCUUCAUGGACGGUUUCAAUGUCAGCUUCCUCACUUAUGGAGGAGAAUCGAGCGGAAAGACGUACACCCUGAUGGGAGGCAUGGACGGUUCACCAGAAAGUCAGGGAGUUGUAUACCGAGCCUUGAGAACUGUCCUACUGGAGAAGGCAACCAGGCGAGCUGAAUGGGACAUCUGUUUGAAAGUAGGGGUGGUUGAAAUCUACAACGAGACACUGAUCGACCUUAUAAGCGGUGAAUCAGGAGUCCAUCUUCGUGUAGACGCAGGAGUUGAUCGAAUGCUGGACACUUUGCGAACAGUGGAACUUCAAACAGAGACUCAAAUAGAUGAAUUACUCCAACUGUGCAACGACAAGCGCAAGGUAGCCAGAACGGCGCUGAACGAUGCCUCGUCAAGAUCCCACCUCAUUAUUCUGGUGAGAGUACGCGCCACAAGUAAUAUCUAUCAGAAGACAAUAAGCGCAGUUCUGGCUAUGUGUGAUCUAGCAGGAUUUGAGGAUAUAAUCAAGGCGGAUACGAUGGGGGAUCAGGUGCUGGCAAAGGAGGCAGGUUUUAUCAAUCGGUCGUUAACUGCGUUGAACCGGGUUUUGACGUCUCUAAAGACACAAAGUCCGAUGUCAGUAUCAUACAGGGAUAGCAAGCUGACAUACCUCCUAAAACCAUUUUUUACCAACUCUGGAAAGUGUAUCCUAAUUGUGACUGUCCGGACAGAUAAGGCAAAUCUCCCAUCUACUCAGGGCACCUUGCGAUUUGGAAGGGAUUCAAGAGCGGUUAAUCUGGGACGUGCAAGGCGGCAGGUGAGCAUGGAAAAACUGAUUCAGGAUGUGGGAACGGUGUGA